GUCUCUGCACGCGCUUCCUGGCGACGCGUUUCCACGGAGACGGUCGCGUAUACAAAUGGACGGAAAACACCUCGCGAAUACCUCAGCAUCUUUGUUAAUAUCUUUGUAUUUUUAUAAAAUGACUUAAAACCAUAUAAAUUCCCAAAUAGGUUGACGGAAAUCGUACUAAAUUCGUCUGGCUUUCAUGCUGUUAGUGUCAUCUCUGAUGUCUCAGUGAUGGAUGGAGACAGUGAGGAGAUAAAGGAGCACCUGAGGCUUCAGUUUCAGACUCUUCAGGAGCAACAGGUGCAGCGCAUCCGGAGGAGACUGGAGAUGAAACAGACGGAUACAGAGAAGACUUCUCCUCUCAGCAGCCUGGACAAUAUCAAUCUCAUGGAAGAGGACGGGGACGUGAUGGAUCUGUUCAACGCGAGAGUGAUCCAGAAUGAAAACGAACAGUUGCAUGAUCGUCUGAGGGAGCUGAGAGACGAGAACGGCCGACUCCACAAACUGCUGAGCGAGAAAGACUUUGAGAUAAAACACCUGAAGAAGAAGAGAGAGGAGGACAGGCUGGCUUUGGCAGGUACUGCUGGUUUGGCAGGAGAUGCAGCUGCAACCAAGAUCGUGGAACUGUCAAAAAAGAAUCGAGAAUUAGCUGCUGAAAUGGAGCGAGAGAAGACCAAAACUAAACAAGCAAACAAUCGGGUCAAAGAACUGGAGAAAGAGCUUCAGGCCACACUGUUACUUAAUCCUGCAAAGAUGACAAACAAAAAGCAGACUUCAAGAACUGGGAACGACUGUCUUGAGAACAGCCCAGUAGUGAAAUCACUGCAGGAGAAACUAUCUGCAGCCCAGCUCAAAAUGACUGAAUACCGCAACCAGAUCCAGACCUUUAAACAAGAGUUAAAAAUAGCUCACAAGGUGUUGAGCUGUGAGGUGGGUGAGGACGUCAAUAUUCAGCAGAUACUGUGUACCCCGGGAGGCUGGAGAGGCCGUUCUCAGCAGAUCCUCGGCCUUCAGAACAGAGUGCGAGACCUGGAACAACAGCUCAGCCAAUCAUCUCACAGGAAGCAGCUAUGUGACCAAGGCCUCGAAGAGGAGAUCACGAGAAUGGGAGGCUUACCGAAGACACAAGACAGAAACCUCAGCCACAUCCGUCACAUAGAGAGGGAGAGGAAGGAGGCACUGGAGAAGCUCACUAUGGAUUAUGAAGUUCUGCUUGAAGAGAACUCAGACUUAAAGAAGAAACUGGAGGGAUCCAAAGCCAGGAACAAAGUGUUGAGCACAGAAAUCAAAGCCCUGAAGAGCCAGAUCAGCACUCUGCUGGAUAAGGGCAAACAUGAUGAUGAGCUGGUCGACGCCUUAUUGAAGCAACAGUCGAAGUGGCAGGCCAUGUUCGGUCAUCUCAGCCAGAAAGGGUCCCAGCGUGAGGAGGCUCAGCAGGGCCUGGAGAGGCAGCUGCACAACGAGGCCCAGCAACACGCCUCCCUCAUCCAGCAGCUCAAACUCAUGGUGUCAGAGAAGGAAAACAAGGUCAAAGAGCUGGAGCAGGAGAUCCAGCAGCUCGCCCUCAUGCAGUCGGAGUGUAAAAGCCAACUUAACACCAGGCCUUUGCCAUCACGACAAGAGAACAGCAACUCUGCCAGAGAUGCUCAAGCGGCCUGUCCAGAGUGUGCUGUUAAAAUCCCGUCGCUCCAGGCCCAGUGUGCGGAGUAUAAGGCUCUUUAUCAAGCUGCGAGUGUGGAGAGAGACAGACUGCUGGAGCUGAGCAAAAUACAGCAAACUAGGGAAGAAGAGGCCAAGCGCCAGUGUGUAGAAGCAGAGCAGAAAAUCAGACAAGAACGGCAGCGUUCAGUCUCACUGGAGCAGCAGCUGGAGAAAGCCAAACUGGACUCAAGGAAAGAAGCAAUGCAUCGGAGCAGAACAGGAAGCACGGGCAGCACUCUGAGUCUCCCUGAGAAACAGGAGGGCUCGUCUCCCAGAAGCCUCUCUGCGGUCAGCCGUGAUGCCCAACUCAGUGAACUCAAAGCACACUUGUUAGUAGAGACUCCAAGGCCUGAAAUGGAUGGGUCAGAUGAAGGAGACGUCCAAAAUGUGUGCUGCUGGUUGGCACUGCAACUAGAAGAAAAUGAAAACUUGAGAACCACUCUGAGGAACACCUUGAAGGAAAAGAAAGAAGACUUGCAAUUCUACAAGGACAUGAUGGCCCAAGCAGCACAGAGCUUCCAGCAGGCCCACAGAAAGACUGAGACUUAGUUGGGACUGGCUCUUUGAUAGCAAACAGAGGACAAAACUGCCAUCAAGGGGACGCUCAGUUUAUAUGUUGCCAAGUCUGCUGUUGACCAAACACACAUACUACAUUACUUGUUUCAUGGCACCCUACUUUCUAAACUACAUCAAUCCAACCAGCAUUGUGAGGUCACAGGAGAUAAUUGAGAGAUGUUUCAUGUUUCAGAAACACUUUCUGUUGGAGGAAAAGUUAUGAAUAGAAUAGAAUAAUAAUGAGAACCUGUAAAUAGUAGUUAGAUGCUAUUUAUACUGUAUGUGCAUACAGUGGCAGAUACUAUAUAAAACGGUAUGAAAUUAUAACAACAUAUCUAGUCUAUAUGGUUAUAUAUAUUAAAGGGAACCUAUAAUGUCCCUUUUACAAGAUGUAAUAUAAGUCUCUGGUGUCUCCAGAAUGUGUCUGUGAAGUUUCAGCUCAAAAUACCCCACAGAUCAUUUAUUAUA